CUCUCGCUGGAUGCUGCCACCAGGCCCUCGGGGCUGAAAGGGGGGAAGGACAAAGAAGGGUCUAAAGGGAAACACCAGCAGCUGGCUACCUGAAAGGAAGGUGUGGGGAGCUGGGGGUCGGCCUCUUCUCGCAGGCGCGGCCGCCGUCACGUGGCCGCUCCCCCCGCCGCCAUGGCGGCCACCAGGUACCGGCGGUUCCUGAAGCUGUGCGAGGAGUGGCCGGUGGAGGAGACGAAGCGGCAGCGGGACCUGGGCAUCUUCCUGCGGCAGCGGGUGGCGCAGGCCUUCCGCGAGGGGGAGAACACGCAGAUUGCUGACCCCGAGACCUGUGACCAAAUGUAUGAGAGCUUACUCAGAAUCCACACCAACUACUACAAAAACAAGUAUCCACGCCUGAAAGAAACAAGCUUCACUGGAGUGACAGUGCAAGAUUGCAAGAUGAUUCUAGCAACAGACAUUCUGAAACAGAUGGAAGACAUGAAAAAAGGAACAUGGAAAAAAUUGCGAGAAAGGUUUUCCGCCAAGAAAUCUGAAGAGGACUUGAAGUGAUAGGCUAACUCCCAGAUUCUCCUCUGUAUAUAUUCCUAAAGCUCUGCCAUACCUGAACACAUCUGUGAUGAAAGUUACUGGAUCAAUGUCAAAGAAGGAGCUUUGUGUUGCUAGACCUGAUCAUUUGUAUUAUGCGAAACAGACCGUCAGGAAAUGCCAGAGCA